UUCUGCCUGUUUUCCGUCAGUCCGGAGUUAAAGCUGGAUCAGAAAGCAGCGUCUGAGGACGGAGGAACAUUUACUGCGUUGGUUUAACAGAUUUACAUCAUGGCCAGUUUGAACAGCCUGUUAUUUGUGGUUCUGCUGGGAAUCCACGGCGCUGCAGCAGUGACUCACUCUCUGAAGUAUUUCUACACUGCGUCCUCUCACGUCCCAAACUUCCCAGAGUUUGUGGUCGUUGGGAUGGUUGAUGAAGGUCAGAUGAUUUACUAUGACAGUAACACCAGGGAGGCAGUGCCCAAACAGGACUGGAUGAGCAAAGCCACAGGAGAUAUGCCACAGUACUGGGAGAGGGAGACUGGUAACUUAUUGGGUCACCAGCAGUCCUUCAAAGCCAACAUUGAGAUUGCAAAGCAGCGCUUCAACCAAACUGGAGGCGUCCAUAUUGUCCAGUUUAUGUACGGCUGUGAAUGGGAUGACGACACUGGAGCGGCUCGUGGUUUUAGGCAGUUUGGUUACGAUGGAGAAGACUUCAUAGUGUGGAACACAGAGACCAACACAUUUGUUGCUCCAGUACAACAAGCUGUAAUCACCCAAAACAAAUGGAACAAUGACAGAGCUGAGUUAGACUACAGGAAGAACUACCUCACUGAGGAGUGUCCUCAGUGGCUGAAGAAGUACGUGAGCUACGGGAAGAGGACUCUGCUGAGAACAGACCUCCCCUCAGUGUCUCUGCUCCAGAAGUCCCCCUCGUCUCCAAUCAGCUGCUUCGCUACAGGUUUCUACCCAGACAAAGCUGAGAUGUUCUGGAGGAAAAACGGAGAAGAGAUUCACACAGACGUGGACAAAGGAGAGAGUCUCCCCAACCCUGAUGGAACCUUCCAGAUGAGGGUCGACCUGGACCUUUCAUCAGUCACAGCUCAGGACUGGAGCAGAUAUGAAUGUGUGUUUCAACUGUCUGGAAUGAAGGACGACGUCAUCACCAAACUGGACCGAGCUGUGAUCGGAACUAAUGAAGAUUCUGCAGGUUUUCCUCUUGUACCUGUCAUCGGAGGUGUUGUUGUUGGUCUGUUGGUUCUGGCAGGCUGCAUCGCUGGAUUCAUCAUCUGGAGAAAAAGAUACAACGGGUUUGCACGUGCAGGCACAUCUGAUUCAUCAUCAUCAUCAUCAUCAGUUGAGGUUAAAGUUCCCUGUGAGGAUCAGCAGAAGAUGGUGAAAACCUGAGAGAAAUCGUUUACUGAUUUCCACAAACAAAAGAAAUAACAAGAUAAAUAAUGAGAGAUAAAGUUCUAAAUCAUAAAUUGACAUUGAACCUUUUUGAUUUAAUAUCUGCAUUCUGCCACCAUCCACACACAGGUUGUUUAAACAUAUUUCAUUGUUUGCAUUCACAUAUCAAAAGAAAGUAUCUUUUUAUCUUGGGUUGAAGGUAAAUUGUGUGGGAAUUCAGUUUAACAUAAUUUUAUGUGUCUCUUCUGUUAGAUGAUUGUAUAGUUAAACCUGUGUGGUAUCAUUGAUCUUCUCUACACAUCUCCUUUUUUCACUCAUAACUAAAUAUUAAGUAAGAUUUUCUAAAAAAAUAUGUGCAUAUAAAUCAAAACAUAUCUAUAUAAUCUAGCAGUGUGAACCAUUUAUUUGAUUGUAUAAAUUGUGAUUAAAAUGGUUCCUGUUUAUUUGUCUUUAUAAAUGUUACUUUAGAAACUGUGAUUUUCUGGGCUAUAGUAGUUAAGGGUAUUAAAGAAUUCUUAGGGUUUUAGAUAAAUAAAGUGUGUGUGAAAACUAAA